AUGAAAGAUAUCGUCUAUCUCUCUCGCAGCUCUGAUGUGUUUAACGUCCUACCCUUUGCAGAUAUCAAUGCGACAGGAUCUCGUCUUCGAGAGCACACCGAAAGAAUGGUAAACCAGUUGGCUUCUGCCUUGAAGAAUGAGCGACUUUCGCAAGAUACCAAUACGAGGAAGAGCUUGGAAGAACUUCGAAAAACUCUCGAGGACAUCUUGCAUAAAAUGUUCAGGGUCAAUAGCUCUCAUGGAGCAAUGUUUCGACUUCGGCGUGCGAUGUUCCCCGAAGAGGAUUAUACACAGGUUGCUCACAUGAGACAACAACUUAACGAUGCUCUAGCACUAUUCAAUCUCGCUACCAAUUGUGAGCUACUUGCUAGAGUUCCGCCUUAUCCAAACCCAUUAGGCGAUACGUGCAGACCGUCUGAGAAACCCGCAUCACGGCCAUCUGAGCCUCUAGUUUCGCAUUCAAUGGACUGUGGGGAGAAGUCAGCUCCAAGUACCGUUAAGCCAACGCUGACUGGUGAUUUGAAUAUCAAGCAACUUGACCCCCACGUUCCUCAGUGCGAUUACUCGCCGGGAAAUAGGCCACCCAGGCGCCGCAGCGACUUUGUCGCAUCCGGAACGGAAAACGAUGGAUUGUUGGCCGCAGACGCGGAGCGAAGGCCACUCCUUGCUAUGGACCUCGCCAUCGCUCUAAGCCACUACUCCGAGCUGCUGGUCAAAUCAGGUUGUACUGCUGAUGCGCUUGCUGCCAGCCAAGAGUCCGCACGCUUGUUCAGGUCUCUUGCUGAGAAAGGGCCAGAAGUUUACCACGAUGCUUACUGA